AUGGCGGGCGGGGGCCGUGAGGGGAUGAAGCCUGCGGGGAAUCACAAGGCCCAGGGGGGCUCCGGGGGCGUCCAUCGCUCCCCCCGCGCCCUCUUCUGCCUGCGCCUCAACAACCCCGUGCGCAGGGCGGCCAUCAGCAUCGUGGAGUGGAAUGGAAGUGGGGGGCCGGGGGUCUACAUCCCCUUCCCCGAGGAUGACUCCAACACCUCCAACCACAACCUGGAGCAGGUGGAGUACGUGUUCCUCAUCAUCUUCACCGUGGAGACCUUCCUGAAGAUCAUCGCCUACGGGCUGGUGCUCCACCCCAGCGCCUACAUCCGCAACGGGUGGAACCUUCUGGACUUCGUCAUCGUCAUCGUGGGGCUGUUCAGCGUCAUCCUGGAGCAGGUGUCCCACAAGCCGGGAGACGCCCACCACAUGAGCGGCAAGCCGGGCGGCUUCGACGUCAAAGCGCUCCGCGCCUUCCGCGUCCUGCGCCCGCUGCGCCUCGUCUCCGGCGUCCCCAGCCUUCACAUCGUGCUCAACUCCAUCAUGAAGGCCAUGGUGCCGCUGCUGCACAUCGCGCUGCUCGUGCUCUUCGUCAUCAUCAUCUACGCCAUCAUCGGCCUCGAGCUCUUCAUCGGCCGCAUGCACAAGACCUGCUUCUUCAUCGGCUCUGACCUGGAGUCCGAGGACGAUCCGUCGCCGUGCGCGUUCUCGGGCCACGGGCGCGCCUGCCUGCAGAACAACACCGAGUGCCGCGGCCGCUGGGAGGGCCCCAACGGCGGCAUCACCAACUUCGACAACUUCUUCUUCGCCAUGCUCACCGUGUUCCAGUGCAUCACCAUGGAGGGCUGGACCGACGUGCUCUACUGGAUGCAGGACGCCAUGGGCCACGAGCUGCCCUGGAUUUACUUCGUCAGCCUCGUCAUCUUCGGCUCCUUCUUCGUCCUCAACCUCGUCCUGGGCGUGCUCAGCGGCGAAUUCUCCAAGGAACGAGAAAAGGCCAAAGCCCGCGGAGAUUUCCAGAAGCUGCGGGAGAAGCAGCAGCUGGAGGAGGAUCUCAGGGGUUACAUGGACUGGAUCACCCAGGCCGAGCUGGAGGGCGAGGAAGAGGAGGGAGAGCACGAGAAGCACCGUGACGCCCCCGAAUCUCUGCGACCCUGCCGCCCCCCAGGUCUGACCGCUGAGGAGCUGAUGGGGAAGAGGAAACCGAGGCUGAAGUGGCUGCGCCACGCGAGCCACUCCACGGACACCCACGCGAGCCUCCCGGGCAGCGAAACCACCUCGGUCAACACCGAGACCGUGGGCGAGGAGGAGGCGCCGCCGACGGCCUGCGAGCGCUGCCUGGGCAAAAUCACGAAGACAAAAUUUUGCCGCCGCCUGCGCCGCCUGAACCGGCUGUGGCGGCGGCGCUGCCGCGCGGCCGUCAAGUCCGUGUCCUUCUACUGGACCGUGCUGCUGCUCGUGUUCCUCAACACGCUCACCAUCGCCUCCGAGCACCACGGGCAGCCGCCCUGGCUCACCGAGACACAGGCCUACGCCAACAAGGCGCUGCUGUCGCUCUUCGCGGCCGAGAUGGUGCUGAAGCUCUACGCCCUGGGCCCCUCGUGUUACUUCGCGAGCUUCUUCAACCGCUUCGAUUGCUUCGUGGUGUGCGGGGGCGUGCUGGAGACGGCGCUGGUGGAGCGCGGCGCGAUGGAGCCGCUCGGCAUCUCCGUGCUGCGCUGCGUGCGCCUGCUGCGCGUCUUCAAGGUCACUCGGCACUGGGCAUCCCUGAGCAACCUGGUUGGUUCCCUGCUGAACUCCAUGAAAUCCAUCGCCUCCCUGCUGCUGCUGCUCUCUACCUACAUCAUGGACAUCUUCCCCCUACUGGGCGGCAGCCUUCGGGGCCACUCAGCGUCCUUUGGGGUACCCCAAAACCUCAGGGAGACCCCCCAGGCCCUGCUCACCGUGUUCCAGAUCCUGACCGGGGAGGACUGGAACGGGGUGAUGUACGACGGCAUCAUGGCCUACGGAGGGCCCGUGUUCCCCGGGAUGCUCGUCUGCGUUUACUUCGUCAUCCUCUUCAUCUGCGGCAACUACAUCCUCCUCAACGUCUUCCUGGCCAUCGCCGUGGACAACCUGGCCGAUGGUGACAACAUCAACUCGGGGGGGGACAAAAAGGACAAGGCUGGGGAGGAGGGGACGGGGACAGAGAGCCAGGAGGUGGCGGUGAAGGUGACACGGGGGUCCCCAAAGAGGGGAGGUGACACGGGGGUCCCCGCAGGUGACGAGGAGCCGGGCGGGGACAGGGACAGCCUGGGCAGGGCCCGCCUGGAGUCGCUGGAGGAGCCGCCCAAGGCCAAGGUGACCCCGAUCCCCGAGGGCAGCGCCUUCUUCGUGCUGAGCAGCACCAACCCGCUGAGGGUGAAGUGCCACGCGCUGAUCAACCACCACAUCUUCACCAACCUCAUCCUCGUCUUCAUCAUCCUCAGCAGCAUCUCCCUGGCGGCCGAGGACCCCGUGCGCGCCCACAGCCCCCGCAACCACAUCCUGGGCUACUUUGACUACGCCUUCACCUCCAUCUUCACCGUGGAGAUCCUGCUCAAGAUGACGGUGUUCGGGGGGUUCCUGCACAAGGGCUCCUUCCUCCGCAACUGGUUCAACCUCCUGGACGUGCUGGUGGUCGGGGUGUCCCUCAUCUCCUUCGGCAUGCACUCCAGCGCCAUCUCGGUGGUGAAGAUCCUGCGGGUGCUGCGGGUGCUGCGGCCGCUGAGAGCCAUAAACCGGGCCAAGGGGCUCAAGCACGUGGUGCAGUGCGUGUUCGUGGCCAUCCGCACCAUCGGCAACAUCAUGAUCGUCACCACCCUGCUGCAGUUCAUGUUCGCCUGCAUCGGGGUGCAGCUCUUCAAGGGCAAGUUCUACAGCUGCACAGAUGAGGCCAAGCACACACCGGGAGAGUGCAAGGGGACAUUCCUGGUGUACAAGGACGGGGACGUGUCCCACCCGUCGGUCCGGGAGCGCCUCUGGCUCAACAGCGACUUCAACUUCGACAACGUGCUGGCGGGGAUGAUGGCCCUGUUCACCGUGUCCACCUUCGAGGGGUGGCCCGCGCUGCUGUACAAGGCCAUCGACGCCAACGCCGAGAACCAGGGGCCCAUCUACAACUACCGGGUGGAGAUCUCCAUCUUCUUCAUCGUCUACAUCAUCGUCAUCGCCUUCUUCAUGAUGAACAUCUUCGUGGGCUUCGUCAUCAUCACCUUCCGCGCGCAGGGCGAGAGCGAGUACCGCAACUGCGAGCUGGACAAGAACCAGCGCCAGUGCGUGGAGUACGCUCUGAAGGCGCAGCCGCUGCGCCGUUACAUCCCCAAGAACCGCACCCAGUACCGCGUGUGGGCCAUGGUCAACUCCACGGCCUUCGAGUACAUCAUGUUCGUCCUCAUCCUCCUCAACACCAUCGCCCUGGCCGUGCAGCACUACGAGCAGUCCAAGCCCUUCAACUACGUGAUGGACCUGCUCAACAUGGUGUUCACGGGGCUCUUCACCGUGGAGAUGGUGCUCAAGAUCAUCGCCUUCAAACCCCGGCAUUACUUCUGUGACGCCUGGAACACCUUUGACGCCCUCAUCGUGGUGGGCAGCGUGGUGGACAUCGCCGUCACCGAGGUCAACAACGGGGGCCACGUUGGUGAGAGCUCCGAGGACUCCUCCCGCAUCUCCAUCACCUUCUUCCGCCUCUUCCGCGUCAUGCGCCUGGUCAAGCUGCUCUCCAAGGGCGAGGGCAUCCGCACCCUGCUCUGGACCUUCGUCAAAUCCUUCCAGGCCCUGCCCUACGUCGCGCUGCUCAUCGCCAUGAUCUUCUUCAUCUACGCUGUCAUCGGGAUGCAGACCUUCGGGAAGGUGGCGCUGCAGGACGGGACCCAGAUCAACCGCAACAACAACUUCCAGACCUUCCCCCAGGCCGUGCUGCUGCUCUUCAGGUGUGCCACAGGUGAGGCCUGGCAGGAGAUCAUGCUGGCCAGCCUGCCGGGCAAGCGCUGCGACCCCGAGUCGGACGCGGGCCCGGGCGAGGAGUUCACCUGCGGCAGCAACUUCGCCAUCGCCUACUUCAUCAGCUUCUUCAUGCUCUGCGCCUUCCUGAUCAUCAACCUGUUCGUGGCCGUCAUCAUGGACAACUUUGAUUACCUGACGCGCGACUGGUCCAUCCUGGGCCCGCACCACCUGGACGAGUUCAAGCGCGUGUGGUCCGAGUAUGACCCCGCGGCCAAGGGUCGCAUCAAGCACCUGGACGUGGUGACGCUGCUGCGUCGGAUCCAGCCCCCGCUGGGAUUUGGGAAGCUCUGCCCGCACCGCGUGGCCUGCAAGCGCCUGGUGGCCAUGAACAUGCCCCUCAACUCGGACGGCACCGUCACCUUCAACGCGACGCUCUUCGCCCUGGUCCGCACCUCCCUCAAGAUCAAGACGGAAGGGAACCUGGAUGUGGCCAACAAGGAGCUCCGGGCUGUGGUGAAGAAGAUCUGGAAGAGGACGACGCCGAAGCUGCUGGACGAGGUCAUCCCCCCGCCCGAGGAGGAGGAGGUCACCGUCGGGAAGUUCUACGCCACCUUCCUGAUCCAGGACUAUUUCCGCAAGUUCCGGCGGCGGAAGGAGCGCGGGAUGCUGGGCGCCAACGCCGGCCCCAGCAACGAGUGCGCACUGCAGGCCGGGCUGCAGACGCUGCAGGCGCUGGGCCCUGAGAUGCGCCGGGCACUGAGUGACCUGGAGGGGGGACGAGGGCGGCGACGCCCCUGCGGAGGAGCCGCUCACCUACGCAGCCACGCCCCCCGACCCCGCCUCUCUCCGCAGGCCCCCGAGACGCUCUACGGCUCCGGGCCCGGCUCCCCCCUGCUCUCGGAGCCGCCCCCCGUCCCCAGCCCCGCGCCCCCCGAACGGGAGGACCCCGCGCCCCCCUCCCACGGCGGCAGGGCACCGGGACCCCCGCGCUGGGCGGCGGAGCUGCCCCGCGGGGGGUCGCUGCCGCUGCCCCCCCGGCACUUCGCGCUCGGCAGCGGCGCUCGCGAGGGGCAACAACUGAAACGGCGCCGGCUGCUGCCCCCCACCCCCGCGGGCCGGAAACCCUCCUUCACCAUCCAGUGCCUGCGGCGCCAGGGUAGCUGCGAGGACGAGCCCAUCCCGGGCACUUACAACCCCUCGGGCCCGCCCGGCCCCGCCCGCCCGCAGGCCUGGGCGGCCCCGGCCCGCGGGCACGUUCUGUACGCGCCGCUGAUCCUGGUGGAGGGGGCUCCGGCGGCGGGGGCGGGCGGCAGCCUCCCCCCCCUGAACCGCUGGUACCCCCCCGCGCCGCUCCGACUGCGCCCCUGCGGCCCACACGAGGCCCUGGCCCGGGGAUCGGCCGAUAGCCUGGUGGAGGCUAGUGACAGCCAGGCGCCGGGGAGGCUGAGCGUGGGCGACAUGGGGACAGAGGGGGCCACCUAG